AUGACUGAAAAUGACAAACUGGCGGAACAAAUGGCCUUGAAUAUCCUAGACAAAAUUUCAGAAGAGCAAGUUGAUGAACUUGCUCUGUUAAAGGACGAAGUUAUUCGUCCACCUCGCCAUUCUACCUUCACGGCAAUCAACCAUGUUGAAGAUGAAAAGGAUAUUGAGGAACACUCUCGAGAGUUGCAGAUUGAACUUGGGUUCAAACUAUUCGAAGAGGCUUUAAGUGCUCAAAAACAAGGAAAUUAUAACGAAGCUAAUGCCAAGUAUCAGGAGCUCUUUCGUAUGGAGGUUUUGACCACCAGAAAUGCGACGAAUAAUCCCGCUAUUGAAACACUCAAAUAUCUUUGUCUCCGCAACCGUGGUGUCUUGAAACUGGCUCAAAUUAAAAGAGGAUUCGAUGGUGAUGAUCAUUCCAACAAUCUUGAACUUUUCAAUGACGCUGUUGAUGACUUGACUUCGGCGCUGUGUCAUGGUAAGGGAGAUCUGAAACUUAUAGAGCUGUUAAUUCAAAUCUUUGAACGUCUAAAGAUCAAAAAGCUGAGCCGAUUUGCAUACGAGUACGAACUGCUCAAGCCCGAACACACUGCUCAGACUCAGCCGCGCACUGGAAACGCGUUCACUGAAGAAGAUGAUAUCCAAUAUAAUCUAAAGCGCCCUGAACAAUUACUACCGAGUCAACUGAGCCUUCUGCGCAGUUAUAAGGAAUGUCUACAGGAAAUGGGUGUUGAAUCUGCUUCUUCAAGAUUGCUACUGGGUAUCGAAAAGAGCGCCAAGCCCCUCAAAGGGAUUGCAAUGGAUGCGUUUCCAACCGCCGAGCAGUUCAAAAACUUCAAUCAAGAGGAGCCGGAGUGGCAUUCUGUCACCAUUGCCUGUCACGAUAAUUCGGUGGCAUUAGAAGAGCUUUUGAAAAAACUUAACGACCUCUUACCCAAAAAAGGGCGAUCAAAAAUAUAUGACAGCUACAUUCUUACUGACCGUCCCAUUGAGGGGGUCAAUUUCGAACUAGUGGAGACAGGGGAGAACCACGAAGAAUCGGAACCUAGAGCAGAGGACGAUGCUGAAGAAAACGAUGUGGCAAUUGUUCCUGACAACGAAGAUUCAGGUUCACCGUCCAGGGUAAAGCUAUCUGCUGCUGAGGAUUCUCAGCAAGAAAAAGAGGGCGUCAAAGACACACAUCAAAAAGGCGCAGUUUCUACCACUCCUACUGUUACGAAACGACAAACAAGGGCUAAUAAGGAAGCAGAGGUGAACGAACUCAGCAAUGAAUCUUUCGCGUCUCAAUUCUUGUUUUUGGAGCAAACAUUACCACAGUAUUUGCUGUAUUGUGGUGUCAUAGUGGAUGGAUCUGGCAAAGUAAUAGAAGCAUUUCUUCCUAAUGCUCAGUCAAAAAGUGGGCCCCAACAGUACUACGACUUGGCUCAAAUAUUCGAUCAGUGGAAUAAAGAGGAUACAGAAACCCUUUUUGUGAAACUCGAAGAUGGACAUAGCAAUGAAGAGAGCAAGGAAGCUUCGGUGAAAGAAAUUCUUAGCUCGUUGAGUAAAGAUACGCUAGAGGAGAGAAGGUCAUUUCAGGAAUUAGACAAUGGCGGAUUGAAAACUGUGAUCUCAUCCAUUACUGGGACUCGCUUACAGUUCAAUCAAAUCCGAUUAUCUAUUACAAAUUAUUUAUUUUCAGUCAGGGAGUUGGGGGGAACGCUUGUUACAGACGGAUUCAUGAGCGUUGAAUCUCUGAAACAACUGCGUCUAUUCACUGAUGCUGUUGGUCUCUAUGUGUAUCGACAAUUGAGCAACAGUCUUUUGGAAAAUGGGCCAACAGAUAUUGGUAGUUUGUCGUUCGGCGUUGCAGUUCUUGAGAUCCUGGUUGAUUAUUUCAUCUCUUUGAAAGUGGAUCAGAAACUCAAAAAAUUCGGAACCAAAGCUCUGUAUAACGAAAUUGUCCAAACAGAACAGAUCACUUCACGAAGGAUUGAGCGCUGGAUUGCAAUAUUGAAUGACUAUUUUGAAAACAUGCAUUUGGAUACUGUAUGCUCGCAAUUAUGGCUCAGAACAAAAUGGUGUCAAAUGUGCUAUCUGCAACACCUCUCUUCAUUCGACUCUGAAGUGCUGUCCAUGAUCUUGACCUCCAUGGCUAAUAUCUCAAAAUCUGUACACUUUGACAUUCUAAUGGUCAACUUCCCCAACAUUCCACGAUUGAAUAGAUCAAACAUAGAAAUCCAACUAUCAAAAAUGAAAAUAUUCAAAACGUUUACUGAAAGUGAUGCUUCCAAUGAGAUUCUUGAAAAGAUUUUAGUUGACGACGAUGAAAAGAAGUCCAAAUAUAAUGAAGAGGAAAGAGAGAUGGAUGAUUUUAUCAGCAAAUCGCCUUUCGAGCUUAAGAUGCGAUUAUGGACUAUGCUGUUUAAGUUUUAUCGCGAAGCAAAGCUAACGGACAAAUUCUUAAGGGGCUUUGAACGAGUGUUACAGAUAAUGUUGAUGGAAAUUGAGGGCGCAAACUUUGCGGAAAAGACAUUUUUUCAGCGCAAACAGUUGCUGCUCAAAGUACUUGGGUUCUUUGACCUAUUUGCAAAAGAUCUUGUGAACAUCGGGGUCCAAAAACGAUGGGAUUUGCAACUGUCUAACGCAAAGAAUGUUCUACUUAUACUAGCAAAGUUCUCGACACUUUCCUAUAUAUUUCUGCUCCACGAGGAUAGUGCUCAACUUUCUAAUACUCGAAUUUCAAUGAGAGCAAAAUCCAGAAUGGCCUACAAGAAGCUAGCGGAUAUUGCUGUUGUCAGCUUUACACUCCUUAGCCUUUACUAUUCUUGCAGCUUGAUUGAUCGAAAACCAGAGUACCUUAAUGACUUCUACGCCAUAUUGCACGAACAACUUGGGCUUCGUCAUAUAUGCAAUGGAUAUAAUAGCGUGUUUUUGGACUUCGUUGAGAAAAGGCUUGUGGAUCUGGACUGGGAGCAAUCUGAUAACGAUUUCUUCCAAACCCUGAAAUGCCAUUAUGGGAUCAAUAUAUCGACGGAUAGUUUUAGCACUUUUGAUCACGGGGCCGAGCCAGGCACAAUGGAAAAGGUCAAUGCAAUUACGGUUAACAAAUAUAUGAUGAAAUACUGCUUCAAGCGCAAGCAUCCCAUUUUCAAUGUUCCCAAGGCAGACAUCAAAAAUAUUCUUGACAUGAUUUAUGAUGUUUUGGGAGAUCCUGAGCCCGAUAACUACACUGUCUCAAAUAAUAUGGAGGCUCUAAUGGAGUAUCUAGAGACCAGAACUUUAGACACGCGUCUCAUGAGAUUGUCUUUUUAUGGCUUGUUGUCCAUUCCUCUCGACGAGCCAAUGGCUGAAAAUGAAACCGAUGAUCUAUCAGACGGAGUUUAUUUCAUGCAGGGUUUACUUGCCUUAACGUUAUUCAAAAUUCGAAAACGAACCAUGCAAGGACGCUCAGCUGAGCUUGACUUUGUUAUCAAGAUGUUUGAAUACGAUAUUGCCUCUGGGUCUUAUAGGUUUGAGUCGUGGCUUCUCCUUGCACAAGCUUAUUCUUACCUGGUGGAGGACGAUAUCAUUUGGACUUCUGACAAACUGAACAAUGUGGAUAAGAAACGCAACACUGCUAUAUUGCAACGCAAGUCAUUACUCUGCUACUUCAUGUCAAUUAGUUUAUUUACCAGGCUCAGUACAGAGAGGCAAGAGGAACUCGCCCCGGUUGCUACAAUGUUAUGGACUUCUCUGGGGAGAGAACUUUACAAUGCAGUGAUGAGUCCUAUGGAAAGGCUGGCGUUGGAGGUUGAUUCUGAUACGGAACCGAACGGCAUUGAAACUUUGAGCACAUCGUCACCUACUCUUCAUCUUCCACUCAACAUCACAGUAUACAAGGUCCUGGAGAUCUGCUUUCGUCAAGCAUGUAAUUUGAACCCUAAAGAUUGGUAUAGCCACUUCUACCUUGCAAAGUCUCAAUCCAAACUCAGAGGAAAGAAUCGUUACAAAACUGUCGCCAAGAAUCUUCUCACAGCCUGUGAACUUGCUCUGAAGGCGAGCGACCGGGAUGACCAUAUUGUUGAGCCACAUUACUUUCUAUGUUCUUUCACCUAUAAGUCAGUAAUGCGUGGGGACGUCUCUCUCGAAGAAGGAUUAAGCGUAUUGAAAAGCGACUCGCUUUUUCAAGAAUCUCCAUGUGAAGCAUCAACUAUAGAGGAGUUUGGCAAAACCAUAAUAGGUCUUCUUCAAAAAUGCAUCUCUUACGAUAGGAAAAAUUGGCAACAUAGGCCCAAAUAUCGCAUUGCCAAGAUCUACAUUGACCAGUAUAAUGACCUGGAGGCCGCGAAGAAUGAAAUGCUCUCUAUUAUCAAUCUCAAGUCCACAGUGCGAAACCUCAGCAACAUAUGGAAGCCGGAGAAUGAGCGCCCUGGAAAGCAUUUUGUUUACAACCACAACUACAUUGUUUUUUUUGUUGAGCUUUUGGAUCGUUCAAAAGAUGUUCAUUCUUUGUUCCAACUUAUCAAAAAGCUGAGAAAAUUGGGUUCAAGCAUGAUUGACCAGAUUAAAGUCUUUGAUCUUGCAGUUGCAAAAACUUGUGCUAUCAUCAAAGAAAUUGUGCACGCUGUGCCAGGCUUCUUGGAUGAAGUGUUGUCCAAACUUGUUUUUGCUGAUUUUGUUGCAAAAAGCAAGGAGUUUGUGCAGAUGAUGAAAGAAAAGGAAACCUUCACGGACGAAGAAAAGCUUAUUCUGUACUUUUUGUUCGAAGUUGGAGAGUUCAGACGUAUGGCCAAUGGAUUUGCUGCAACGGGUGUGAUAGACGAGUGCUUCCAUACAUUGUUUCUAAUACUUUUCACUCGUUAUGAGGAUUGUGCUACCAAGAACCUUAUUCCCGAAUCUGAGAAAUCCUCGCAGGUUGAAUUUGUCGAAAGUAAAAACAAACCGGGGCAGCCCUCAACUCCUAGUCGUGAAAAAGUCAAGGUGGCGAGAAGAGACAUUACGCCAUUUUGUAUUCAGACGAUUAGUGCUGUGGGCAAGCUACUGGAUUCGAUAAAGCGAGAAAAUGGCGAAGGAAAUUUACUCAAAUAUACAAUAGACGAUAAAAACGAGAAUCCAGAAACGAGAACAGUUAUUAGCACUUCCAACGACGACGGAAGUGCACAAACCCCCAAGACUCCCGCAAUGAAUUGCCAAGAACCAAAAUUAGAACCUCCGAUCGAAUUCAGCAUUAAGCGAGCAUCAGACGAUGAAGAGUCGUCUCAACAAGCCAAAAAACAAAAGCACGACGAAACUUCGGCGAACAGUAUAGUACCAUAAAUAAAUCAGUUUUCAAACUCGGGAUCAAUUUUAGCAGCGCUUUCACUGAUGCCCCAUUUUUCAGAUACAGUGUUGGCUUGGUUUUUAAUUUGAUUGAUUGUGUCAGGCAAGUUUGUAGUGAUUUUACUUUUCAAUUCUUUUUCGAGAAGCUGUUUGUCCUGGGUUCUCUGCCUUUUGGAUAACAGCUCCGAGUCUUUCAAUCUACAAAAUUCUUUCAUGGACAUGUCACCCCUGAGAAGAUCCUGGGCAAACUCUGUGCUCUGAUUUUUUAAAGCAAUCAAGUCUUUUCGAAAUCGCUCCUUAUAGUUGUCAAGGUUAUGUUUCCGUGAUUCAUAGAGCAAACACUCGUAUUCAGAUGCUAAACGACCUGGGUCGACGACAGAUUCACGAUCUGCUUGUAUUUGCGACAGCGUUUUCUCUAUUGUGGACUUGCAUGCGGCCCGAGUCUAUAUGUCAGAAUUUGAACAUUAGAACUUACCUUCUUCCAAACAUCAUCAGAAUCGUCUCCCAAAUCUUUAUGUGUCAAUCUGGUUGGCCGUUUUGGAUUGAUUUUUGUCUUCCGAAAGGUGUUUUUCAUGGAAGACUUAAUCUUGUGAGCCAAAGCUACAUUUUUAGCUUUGCUUUAUUUUGAAUUCCUCCACGACCUUUAACGGCUAUAUUGGAAGUAUCAAUUGUAGGAUUGGCGUGGCGACGAAUACUAAAGCUAAACCCAGAUGGAUUAAUUUGACGUUCUGAAGAACUAUAGUUGGAAGCUGUGAACUCGGUCGACUUAGCUUUUCUCACUCUGUUGAACAUAAGAUUUUCCUCGUUUUUGUAGAUGCUGUUUGAAGAGUCGUAGCCAUUGGGAGACAGAAGGGGUCUAGCUGGCGUUGUCUGAGGAAUCUGAAUUGGUUGUGUGGAUUUCAACUCAAUGAGAUAUUGUUCCUGAGUUUGUAUCUGUUUUUCUAGUUGCUUGUUCAAUAUUUCGUAUUCUUUUAGUUUACUUUGGAACAGCGAUAAUUGUCGUCGUAUAAUCUCGUUCGAUUUUUCUCGCUUCUCAAGACGUAGGAGAUCCAUUUCACGCUCUAAUUCCCUGAUUUGGUUUUGGUAGCUUUCAUUAAUAUGAGCUAUCUGUUGUUCACGAUAUUUGGCUAUUUUUUCCAAUUUCUCUUGAGAGUGUAAGUUGUCAGGAGAAUCUGAUGGAAGUUCCGCCAACGUAUCUGUUGAGCUCCACUUUGCCGAGUCCAGUUUCUCCUCCAAAGCGGCGUUGACCUCUUUCAAAUAAAUGGUCUUGUUUCUGAGUUUACUUAUUUCUUCCCUCAGUGGACCGACAGAUUUGUCCCUGUCCAUAACUUGCAGCUCUAGUGCCUGGUUUUGUUCGCGAAGCUGGCCCACUUGGCUUGUCAAUAGUAGAAUUUCGUCCCGCAAUUUUUCGUUGUUUUUCAAGAUCAAUCCCUCUUCCAUUUUCCUUUCCGGGUUUGCAGACCGUGGUGUGGCUGCAAUUGGGUUCGUAACCUCAACUUUUAGUCUAAGUUCUUUCGGAUCCGGUUUCUUGCGCUCCAUGGCUAGCGAAUGUCGAACGUACUCGGAAAAACUGAGCUCAUUGCUCAAAAUCAACAUUUCGCGUUGAUAAAACUGCAUUGGCUCAGAAAGUCCCUCUUUUUCCUCGCUCUUGGCAAAAACAUGUUCGUAAUCAUCCAGCAGGUGUUCAAGAUCAAUCUCUUGGGCCGUCCCAAAAUCUGAAACAUAGGACUUCAUCAACUCGAUUGUCUCCUCCUCCUCAAUUUCCGGUCCUUCCAGUAAAGCAGGGUGCAAACGUAAAUUGGUCAAGAUGUUUUUCGAUUUGGUAGCAAGCCGGCUUUUUACAGUUGAGAUGAACUGUUGUGGUGAAACAGCAUAUAGAAGCCCUCCAAGCCGCAUAUACUCCACAUUUUCGUCUGCAAGAUUCACAAAGAUAUCGCUCAUCCUGCCAAAUUGUUCUUUGAAGGACCUUAUCACCAUCGGUGCCAAUACGCAAAGCGCAUUAAGGGCACACCCUUGAACUGAAGAGUCGGAUCUCUCCAGCACGUCUAACAAACGCUCGAAUAAGGGCAGGUUUUCAAAUUGUGCAUUGAGAGGGCACUCCAUAAUACUCUGAAAAAGCGCAAGUGUCUGGAGGUCCUUUGUGACUAAGGUGUCUGCUAAAAUAGAGAACAACCCUGGAGCAUCCACUUUGACAUAAGAUGAUAAGAUCCUUCGUAUGUUCAGUCGACGGAAUCUGUGUUUCUCGUUGUCUUCGAAUGAUGUAUCUGAUGGUACGUCAAAUGUCUGUAAGUACUUGUGGACGAAAAAUCGGGCCAGAUCGCGAUCCAUAGCCCAUUCUACCAAUUGCGUAGCGAGUUUCGUCAGGCGAAGAUUCAAGCCAGCUGAGUCUAUAGAUACCUCAGCGUAUUUUGCGGUCCAAACAUUCAGAUUCUUAACGUGGUCUUUGAGUAUAGUCAAAGCUUCCAAGAAGGAGACCUCUCGUUCAACAGAAUUAACCAUCUUGUUAUACAAAACGGUCAGCUCGUCUCCUAUCUUUGCAUUUGUAGAUUCCAGUUCUGCUCGAAGACGUUCAGCACACGCUCUGACCUCCUCCUGAUCAUUUGGUUCUUUCUGAAUGGCCUCUUCAAGCGCUCGAAGAAGAC